AUGGCGCGGGGACCCGGCCCCAGCAGGUCUGACUGGUUUCUCUACGACUGCCGCCUCCUCAGACACGUGGCCCUGGGCCUCUUCUGCUGCGGGGUCUCCGUCUACUUAGCAGCGCUUUCCAUCUAUGCCCUGCUACUCUUCGAAAUUGAAACAGGCGCCGCGGCCGCCUCCAUCCUGGGCUCAGGCGCCCUGGUCCUGGUGGCUGUGCUGACCCACAUUCUGCUCCGGACUGCCCGGACCGCCCGCCGUGGCCUCCAUGACCCGUCUGUGCCGUCCUUUGAAGACGAUCCUUCCCGCUCUGCGGAAGUCUCUAAGGCCAGCCCCAGAGCUCAGCCCCAGCAGGAUGAGGAAACCGAGUCCCCAAGAGGGGCAGUGACGGAACAGGGGUCCUACGGCCAGUACUGAGCACCAGAGCCAAGAUUCGCACCCGGGUCCUAUCACUCCACGCUGCCGAUGGAGCACGUCUCAGAUUCAGCGAGUUCUUACCGUCCUCCCCAGGCUAUGAAUGUUGGCCCCAGACCUCACCGCUCUGUGCCUCAGUUUCCUCGUCUGUAAAGUGGAGACCGGGAAUGAGCUGUUGUCCUGCAGCUCCCUGACAACGUGAGCCAUUGAGGGGGCUGACACCUAGUAGGUCCGCAAUAAUAUCAGCCGUUUCCGAGCAGCUGGGUGUGGGGAGACGGCGUGGCAGGAAAACGCCCCGAUUGGCCGUUUCCGGAGCUCACGGAACUGAAGAUGGGGUCGCUCUCGACUUUCACAACCGCCAAAUAAACAAAAGCUUAUUAUGCCGGUGUUACCUUUUUGGGGAAAAGAUCUAUUGAUUUCACUUU